AUGCCUAAAAAUUCGAGGCACAAAUCUCAUAAACAGAGCAAGCAUAGUUCGAAGGGUUAUUCCGACUCUGAAGAGGAUGUAGUGAAGAUGAAGGUGAAAAGCAGCAAGGAUGAGAGCUCCACACGUGGCCAUAGGGAGUCGGCAUCUGGUGAGAAGCGGAAAAUCUCAUCUCAGUUGCGUGAGGUUAAGGGCGAUCGGGAUGUGAAUGGCCAUGGGAAUGGAGAUGUUGUGGAGGAGUAUGUUUCCUCCAAGCGGCGGAAAGAGAAAACUGACACUGUUAUUGGUGGCGAUAGGUGGAAGGAGGGUGGAGAAGAGAAGGGGGCAAAUAGUGAGAAGAUUGUGGAGAAAGAAAUUCAUAAAGUGGAGAGUUUGAAGCUUGAGAAGGAGAUUCACAAAUCAAAGGAGAAUAGCACUAAAGGCGAAAGCACGAGGUCCGAAUCUAAGGGUAAGAGUAAAAGGCGCGAAAGUGGAUCUGCUGGAGAGAGAAAAGAAGACAUUGUAGCAUCUGUAGUGGUAGAGAAAGAGGAGAGUAAGAGUAAAGGCGAGUCAAAGCGGAAGUCUGAGAGGGAUUCCUCUUCGCGUAAAGACGGGAAGGAGUCAAAGGACAAGGAUCGCAGGUCAGAAAGGGAGAAGAAUGGGGGACAUGAGAGCAAGAGUGGUGAUGCUGAUAUGAAAUUGGUGGAUUUUGAUGUUGGAAAGAAGCAGGGGACUCAGUCGGUAGAUUUAGUUGGGGAGAGACAGAGUAAACGAUCUCGAGAAAAUAAUGAUCGCACUUCUUUGGAUUAUUUGCGAAAUCUUGAUCUGGACAAGGAUAUAGAGAAAAAGCCGCACAAGAAAAUAGGGAACUCCAGUGAACGAGAGAAAUAUUAUGAAGAACCCAAAGAAAGUGAAGUGAGAUGGUCGUCAUCCAAAAUUGAGCGCUCCAAGGACUUGAAAUACAGAGAUGACAAGCAUAAAGAUGGAAUCCAUGCGGACAAAUACCAGGAAGACGGCUACAGAGACGACAGACGGAGGGACGAGAAGUACUGGGAAGAAGCAGACAAGGAUAAUAAGUAUCACGAUGAAAAAUAUCGGGAAGAUGGUGAGAGAGACUCCAGGCGUAAAGACGAUAGGCAUCGUGAAGAUGUUGAUCGAGACAGCAGGCGCAAGGAUGAGAAACGCCGGGACAAUGGGGAACGAAACAGCAGGCGGAUGGAGGAAAAGUAUCAUGAAGGUGCGGAUAGAGAAAGCAGAAAAGACGAUAAGUACCGUGAAGACCAAGAUCACGAAGAUGGUGACAAGGAUGGCAGAGAUGCGGACGAAAGGUACUAUGAGGAUGAGGACAGAGAUGACAGGCCUAGGGAUAGUAGGUACAGAGACGAAAGUGAUAGAGAUUAUAGGCACAAGGAAGGAAAGUAUCGGGAGGAUACUGAGAGAGAUGUUCGGUAUAAGGACAGUAAGCAAGGGGAUGGAUACGAUAGAGAGAAGAGACCGAGGGACUCGAACUUUAGGGACGAGCAUACCUCGAGAGACCGGUCGGGAGAUAAGUCUGACCCCAAGCGUUACAGGGAUGAUGGUUAUGCUGCUGAUAACUAUGUUAGGAAAUCAAGCGCUUAUGAUGAAAGUCCAACACGCGAUGAUCGAGCGGGCAGGUAUCGAGAUGAUCAAGGCAGGAGGAGAACUAAUGAGAAGGAGGAUUAUGGCGAUGUUAAAUCCCGAAGCUCGAAGGAUCAAAGAUAUGAUUCUGAAAAGAAAAGUGCCAGCAGUGGAAGGAUGGAUCCAGGUAGUGAUAGAGUGAGGUCUUCCAGAAAUGUUGAUGUGGAACUUACAUCAAGCCACAAUAGAAGGCGGGCUUCGCCGACUCCAGGUUCUCACGCGCAGAGGGCAGGGAAGCAAGAUGAGUCAAAGUACAGGGAUUACAGUUACGAGGAGAGAUCGAGGCACAGCAUGAAUUUGUCUCGAGACCAUGCUGGUCUUGAGAAGACUCCGUCUCGGUCAUUCAAUAAGACCGGUCAAAAGGACGAUGGUGCCCAUUUUGGAGAUUUACCUUCUGAGAGACGCCUCAAGCCCGAUAUCCGUUCUUCACCCCUCCCACUAGUUGAGAAAUCCCCAUCGUCGAGUGUUGACAGGAGACCAUUCAAUGUACGACGUAACAUUGAUGUGGAUGAGUCUACACAAAGGAGUGGCGGAGUCCGAGAUUGGAAGGACUAUCAUGCUAGGGAAGGCAGGACAAGCCACGAAUUUGGUACUGAUGUACACCCUUCUGAAGAUCUUAUACAACAUGCUGAUACCGACACCUUAUCUGUUUCUUCACCUUUUGCCCGGAACAGUCACUACACCAGCAGCUCCAAACUGAUGCCCCCUCCGCCCCCUUCCCUAUUGGGCCCGGGUGAGGACGAUAGCCACAGAAAGACCAACAUGCGCCACAGGAGGAUGGGUGAUCCCAACAUUGGAAGAAUGCAAGGGAACAAUAAUGCGUGGAGGGGGGUCCAGACUUGGCCGCCCCCCGUGCCCAAUGGAUUUUUGCCCUUCCCGCAUGCCCCGCCGCCUGUCGGCUUCCAUUCUGUCAUGCAGCCAUUUCACACCCCGCCAAUGUUUGGCAUCCGUCCAUCCUUGGAGCUGAGUCACCACCCUUCCCCUUACCAUGUGCCGGAUGCCGACCGAUUUGUGGGUCCCGGCCGGCCUUUGGGAUGGCGGAGCCAGCUGGACGACCCAUGUCCUCCGCCGUUGCACGGGUGGGAUACAAGUAGUGCUCUGUUUGGGGACGAGCCACACAUUUUUGUGGGGAGGCCGGAGUGGGACCUUGCCAGGAAUGUUUCCAGUGGACGAGGCUGGGAGACGAGUGGGGAUUUGUGGAAGGGGGCUAAUAGGACCCCGAGUGUGGAUUUUCCUUCUUACGAGAAGGAGAACAACUCAAUUCGAAGUGGGGAUGAAGCUCUGGGAAGUGAUUCUGUUCAGCCGCCACCAAAUGAGAAGAGCCAAGCUGUGACGGUGGACGGCGCUGACGAUGUUCUGCAGUCUGCUAAGACUGUUGAAAAGAAUGAAGAAAUUGGGGCUGCUGUUGUUAGUUCGGGAGACAGUGGUGGUGGUGUUGGAAAGAUGCCGGAAAAGGAUGAUGUGCCCCUCUGCAGUGUUUACCUUUCAAAGCUUGAUCUUUCGGCAGAGCUUGCUGAGCCUGAGUUGUUUGAUAAGUGCACAGGCUUGAUUGAUGAUAAGAUAAUGUUUUCAGCUAUGGACGAUUCUAAAAUUUUGUAUAUGGAGGAUGCGGAAGCAAAAAUGGGAUCGUCUGGACUUUUGAGUGUUACACUUUUUGCGUCUUCUGAUGACUCAGUUUUUAAGAGAUCAAUGUCUCUCUAUAAGAGGCAGAAGGAGAACUUUCGUGCUGAAUAUGGUGAGAAACCCAACCUUUCGGACGUCUUCAUCUCAAAUUCCAACCAGGAGGAUAAAAUCGUUAAAGAAGAUGAAACCGAGAAGCUUUAUCCCACAGACUGCAUGCAGGGCGUCGAGGACAAAACUGAGGCCAUGAAACAUGAUAUUGACAAACCGGCUGGUAAUGUUAUGACUGAAAAUCUCAAAGAGGCAGCUGCUGACAUGGACCUUGAGAAGCAUGAAAAAGACAGCGAGCCUUUGCCUGAGGAAAGGGUCGAAGGAUCUGAUACUCCUUUCGAACUUGUCGAAGUUGUUCCCUUGAGGCCCGGUAUAAUAAAUGAGGAAUUGGAGUUGGUAGAUGUUAAGUAUGAUCCCUUGCUUAAUUCUGAUGCGUUGUCUGAGGCAUCUGAGGCUAUGGUGUCAGAGUCGGUCAAUUUAAGUCGGAUACAUCAUUCUCCUGAAACUACAAUUUUGACAUGUAACUUACAAGUUCAUGUUCGAUUGAAAACCUGCGUCACUCAGCCGGUCGGAAUGCUUUGCCCCAGCAGCUGA